UUUUUGUGAAACUAUCAGGUGGGUGUCAGUGAACUGAGAGGCCAACGUCAACUUUAACACCCAGUCUAUUUGGGGUGAAUUGUCCUCAUCGUGUCCAUGGAAACAGACUGCGUCCUACGCUAGCUAGGAACAAGUAUUUGAUAGUCGGUAGAGAGAGCAUUGCUGCCAAAAGGUUUUCAAACAAUAAAUUGACAAUAAGCAGAGGCACAUAAACAUAAUAAUUAUUAAAAUUUUAAAAUUCAAACAAAUCAUAUAUCAACCAAUAUAGAAAAUAGUUGGAAUUCCAUUCAAGAUAUUGGCUGCUUCCUUAUUCCCGAAGUAGCUGAUUAGUGUUCGUAUUAAUCAUGUCUAAGGUGCAAGAUGAAAAGGAGGCCAUAACCAAUGAAACGAAAUCAGUGGAUACGAUUGUUUAUCCUGAAAUCGAACCCGGAAUUAUAAGUAAACAAAUGAUAGAGAACGCCUACCUGGAUGAAGGAUAUAAAGGCGAAGAGGACCGACUUCAUCGCAUUGAACCGGUGGUUUAUGAACGUAUAACCUCACUCCGACUGGAUUUUAAAAAUAUUUUGAGAAUUGAUCAUCUGUGGAUAUUGCCAAACCUUACGAAACUGGCUCUUAAUUGCAAUAAAAUAGAGACAAUAGAACACUUGGACACUCUGGUUAAUCUGAAAGAACUCGAUUUGAGUUUUAAUUUCAUUGAAAGAAUUGAAAACUUAGACAAGUUGGUGAAUUUGGAGGUGCUCUCGCUUUUCAGCAACCUAAUCGUGAAGAUUGAAAAUUUGGAUGCGCUGCAGAAAAUAAUUAUCCUUAGUAUUGGAAACAACCUGAUAAAUUCAAUUGAAGGAAUAGAACGUUUUCGCUUUCUCCCGAAUUUAAAAAUUCUUAACUUGGAAGGAAAUCCUGUUGGAAACGAAGCUGAUUUCUCUCUUUCUGAUUAUGUUGCUGCCAUUUUACCGAAAUUAAAAUAUUACGAAUAUGUGGCCAUAAAUGAGGAUCAACGCAAGAAGGCCCGUUCACGUUUUAGUCGCGAACUUCGUGAAAUAGAAACAAACGAAGAGAUGGAGCUUCAAGUCCGUUCCCAAAAACUGAAGGAAGAGCAAGAUGCCGAGCAAUUGUCUUUAAGUUUUGUUGAACAUCUGAACGAACACCAAUUAUUCGAGUCAUUGUGGAUUGACGAUGAAGAUGGGCGCAUUUUGAUGCUGGUGGGCGAGGCGGCAAAUAACCUGGCGGAAGAAUACGACAACGAUAUUUUCGAACUAACGCAAGAAAUAUAUAAGUUGGGGCUGAAAAAAUACGAGGAAAGACAACGAGAAAUUGAACUAUUUCAGCGCAGUAUCAGCCAAGGGCAUCUACAAGUGCAGCAGACUGGUCACAAAAUUCUGGAAGACUUCAUGAUACAAAAAAAUAUGUUGUUCGAUGAGGCCAUUGCAUGUCACAAAUAUCUCGAAAAAAGUUCUAUACAAGUUGAUACCAUAGACGAUAAAGAAGCCGCUCAGUAUGUUGACAAGUUAGAAAAUAUAAGCAUGCAGUUUGAUGAUAUGGUUAACAGCGUCUGGCAGCAGUUAAUGAGUCAAGAAUUGCAUUUACACGAAGCCACCGAGAACACCACCAUCAAUUUUGAACGCAAAAUGCAAGAAAUGAUAGAGAAAUUUAUGGAACAAGUUCGGACUUUCUUUAGCCAAUUGCGCGAUAUAGCUGUCCAGUUCUCAGAGAAUUUAUAUGAAAUCGUUUCUCGUUUUAUAGCCAACAAAUUGGCCAUGCAGGACUUUGAUGGUGUGCCCGAACCCCUGCGUAUAUGCAUGGAAGACCGAAAAGCCAUAAGCAACCUUGUUUAUGGGAUGAAAGACGUUCACACGCAGCGAAUCGAUAAACGAAAAGAUCGGUUAAUACAAAGAAGCAAGCAGUUCAUUGAUGAUAUGAUCAGCAAAUUAAAAAAGAACGAAUUGGAAAGAAAUCGUACCAAAGUUUUGGAAAUCAACGCCUUUUUGGAUCUAAUUACUGAAAGUUGGCAUAAUCUGCAGCAGGAGGUUCAUGACAAACUAUUGAAUAUUGACAAUUAAAUAAAUUUUCGAAAAACUACAAUAAAUGCUGAAGUUUUGUAUAUUUUUAACAUUUGUAUCCCUUUGAAA